AGGCACCGUGUUGGCGUCGGCAUCCGUAACUGUCGGCUGUGGUGCCCCGCGGCUGUGGACUGUACCGACGGUACUCGGCGCGAGGUUUUCGGCAAACUCCGACUUCAACCGUACAUAUACGAAAGAGGCCGAGCUGAAACGGAGCUGUCCGGAACAUCCGGCCGUAGCUUCUCAACAUAAACAGCAAUGGCGGAGGCAGCAGUAGCGUCUACGGCGAUUUCACCAGGAACAGGAGGUUGGACCAAACACGUAACCUGCAGAUACUUCAUGCAUGGUCUUUGCAAAGAAGGAGAGAACUGUCGAUACUCCCAUGAUCUGACCAACAGCAAACCUGCAGCCAUGAUUUGCAAGUUCUUUCAGAAAGGAAACUGUGUAUUUGGGGAGCGUUGCAGGUUUGAACACUGUAAACCGGCAAAGAACGAUGAGCCACAAACCCCCCAGACGCUGCCGCUGCCCUCCGUCUCGCUGGAGGGCCCAUCAGAUCCGGAACCCAGUGUGUCAACACCUGGCUCAGCAGCACAAGACUGGGUCAAUGCUGCUGAGUUUGUCCCAGGACAGCCAUACUGUGGACGAGCUGAGCCAGUGAAAGUGGAGAGCUCUGUCCCUCUCAUUGAGGAGUUUGACAGCGACGCAACACUGGAUAAACAAGUGUUGAGGAAGCAACUCUGUCCGUACGCUGCUGUUGGCGAGUGCCGCUAUGGAAUCAACUGUGCCUAUCUCCACGGCGAUGUGUGUGACAUGUGCGGCCUCCAGGUGCUCCACCCCAGUGACAAUACCCAGCGUUCUGAACACACAAAGGCAUGCAUCGAGGCCCAUGAGAAAGACAUGGAAAUCUCAUUUGCCAUCCAACGCAGUAAGGACAUGAUGUGUGGUGUGUGUAUGGAAGUGGUGUUUGAGAAGGCCAACCCAAGCGAGCGCCGCUUUGGCAUCCUUUCCAACUGCAGCCACUGCUACUGUCUAAAGUGCAUCCGCAAGUGGAGGAGUGCCAAACAGUUUGAGAGCAAAAUUAUCAAGUCUUGCCCAGAGUGUCGAAUUACAUCCAACUUUGUCAUCCCAAGCGAGUACUGGGUGGAAGAUAAGGACGACAAGCAGAAACUCAUCCAGAAAUACAAGGACGGCAUGGGGAGUAAACCAUGUCGAUACUUUGAUGAGGGUCGUGGAACAUGCCCUUUUGGCUCAAAUUGCUUCUACAAGCACGCUUUUCCUGAUGGAAGACUGGAGGAGGCUCAACCGCAGCGAAGACAGGCUGGAUCCAACAGCAGGAACCGGAACUGCACAUCAAAUAUCACAGCAGACGAAUGUACACAGCCUAUACUCAGAGAAUGUGCUUUUUUAAUGGAGCCGUCAGGACAAGAUUGUGAUGUCAAAACUACAGUCACUGCCAUCAGCCUGACCAGUCAGCACAGAACUCCAGGCGAACACCGCUGUGGGACAUCUUUGAUGAACGAGAAAGCACCGACUCCUUUGACAACGAGGACGAGGAGAUGGUGACGUUUGAGCUGAGCGAGAUGCUCCUCAUGCUUCUUGCUGCAGGAACCGACGACGAGGUGACAGAUUCAGAGGAUGAAUGGGACUUGUUUCACGAGGAACUGGACGAUUUCUAUGAGAUUUACCUAUAGCAGCCCCACCAACUAACACUCCCCCCCGACACACACACACCUGUAUACUAGACACUAGAAUGGACUGUCUUGUGCGAGUGAUGGACAGUAGCUUUCCCCCCACCCCUGUAUUGUGGCAGUGCCUUUAAGCAGGCCAUUAAUAAAUAAAUUUAAAAAGAUUCUAAAAAAGAAAAAAAAAAUCCCACAAGUCCGUGCGCUCGUGCUAAACAUUUUCUAGACAUCUAUCCUCGUGAAUUUAUCUUGUGCGGUUCAUGUUAAGAAAUAAAAUAAUAAAAUGACAAAAAGAACUCAAUAUAAGAUUUAACAAAAAUUAUAAAUUUCUUCAAAUAUUGUUAAUAAACAUUGUCAAGUUUAUUUGUGGAUGUGGGUUUGACUUGUUCAUCAUUUACCCAGGUGUUAAUACAUACUUCUGAGACUGAGGAUGCACUCCAACUUACUCAGCACCAUUUACUAAUCAAGAUGGGUAUGUUGUAAAAUUUGACUUUUGAAGGCCGGGACUCUGUUUUUCUUUAUUAAAGCUGCUGAUAGUUAUCGGCACAAUAUAUUGCGCUGAUGUUUAAUACACUGACCACAGUCAUUUCAUGUUGUACUUAAAAAUAUUUAAUGUGUCCCUUACAAAUCUGUACUUGCUUUUUUCAGGGUUGAAACCCCUUUCAUGAAGCAUUUAGAGUAUCAUGGAACACAUGGAACUGUCCAUCAAAACCCAACCAAUACAACUCUUGCAGGGGUUGUGGCUAAUCAAAACACAGUAGCCACUAGUCCUGAUCCUGGAUGACUAUCUUAGAAAUGCUUUGUAACCAUUUUAGUCACUGAGCAGCUCAUUAAAUCUGUUGCUGAAAUAGUUUAAAAUAUGAAUGCACUAAGUGAUACGCAAACUUCUUGGAGACUUGUAAAGUGGGAAAUGCAUAGAGUGAUGGGUAACAAUGCAGUGUCUUUUACACUCACCAGCUGAGGUGUAUGAUCUGCAACCAUAGGCUUUGACAUGAAAUUUCUCAAGCAUAGUUAAUUGAGCCCAGCUAGUGCUGCCGAUGGUGGCUGGACUUAAUAUUACAGCAAUACUAACAAAAUGGUUGUCACCUUUCUCUAUCUUCCAGCCACCAGCGCACUGCAGUCAGUGAGUGAGGAAACAUGUCCCUUUUUUCAGUCAGACAUGUUAUGAGCUGCUUGGUGAACUAAAGUCUCUGGGUUAUGGAGAGGGUGAUCGGCAGCCCUGAUGGAUUGUUUCAGGGCAAAGGAUAAACUUGCUAAGUGGCUACAGGCUAAGUGACCCACCCCCUCUCUCACUAAUGUUUUGUAGUUUUGCAUAUAGGUCCAGUUGGCUCCAUCUAUUAAUGAACUGCUUUUCCUCUCCACCAUCCUGAAUCCCAUCAUCAUCCCAACACCUGUGGUACUGAAGGCAAGUCCUUCCUCAAAAGCCAGGUUAAGAGUCAACACUUGUGAUCAAAGCUCAGCAGACUUGGUGUGGAGAGAAUCAAGGAGCUGAGAGACUUUUCAUUUUCCACAGCACCUGUGUGAAGUGUAGAUUCACUGUUCCCCAUUGGAUUCACUGAGUAAUGCAUAUUAAGCUUUGCUGCCAAGAUACUCAUCCACAGGCUCCCCCUAGCUGGUCUUAACAUGUUGAAAUCCAUUGGAAUGCAUAUGUUUAUACUGAAAUGUGUGUUUUCUAUGUUCCACAACAUCCAUCUUAACUUGAAAUUAAAGUUUAUUAUCAAUCUC